CUCUGCAACUUUUCAAAUGUUCUCAAGGUUGAUUUGAUUGUAAUCUAAAAUAUUUUCUCAUUACAUGUUUUCUCAUGAAGUUAAUAUACCUGUUUAUUAUUUCAAGAGUUAUUCAAAUUUUCAUGUUGUAUUUCAUACGCAGUUUGUGUGAUGAAUAGUGGCUUUUGAUUCACUCGCAUUACAAAAAUUGUCAAGUUUUAGGCGUAUAAAUGCAUCUAUAUUUAUAAAUGUAUAUUUGACAACUCAAGUUAUCACUUUCCUUUUUUGGUGUUCAUAAGAUAUUUAAAUCUCUUAGCCCAUGUCGAUAAUGAGUCCAAAAGUCAUCAAUCACACGCUUUGUCAAAGCAUGUUUUUAGGGUCGUUUUUUGAAUAAUCAGUGAUUAAAAAAUCCCCACGGAUGAAAUUUUUGUGGACCCUUUGGAUUCUUACUAUUUGCUACUCAUCCUCCAGAUCCGAGGGAAAUUCUGGGGGUUUUUUGUGCUAUUUCUGUUGCGGCUUCCCUAAAAUAUUGGGAUUUUGAUACUAGAUGGAUAAGCUUUUUACCACAGGGUGCAUGUCAUUUUGGCAUUUUCGAUUUUGAGAGGUCCUAUGAUGCUCAAAACCGGUUUAUAACAAUAAAUGCCCUUAAUCAUUCACACGAUUUUGUUGAAUACUCGGAUUAACGUUUUGGUUACGCAUACAAAUUUAACUGUCUUUAAUCUUCCAGCGUACUACUAGGUCAGGCAAUACUGCACAGGGGGUGCUUAAAUUGUAUUCAUGUCUUAUCUCAUCACUCAGUUUAAAUUUGCGAUCCAGCCUACAGCACAUAAAUCCUUGACUUGAACGUUUUUCGCAACACCAACGCUACUCGUCUGGAAGCCCGACCACUUGUUACGUCAGUUAUUCUUGUGACAUGCCAAAAGGGUUUUUCUCAGUUAUCCAGUCGAGCUAAAAUAGUUGCGUUGAUUGUUUUUGUUCCCUUCUCUGCUCUGAAGAAUAGACCUGAAUGUAAGGUACUAAGAAUCCAUAUAGUUCACAUUGUUAUGGAGUGGUAAAGUAAGCCCAUAUCUUCAUCUGAGGAAAAUGCAAAUGCAGUAGACCACUACUUCCAAAUAUUGGGUGGUAAUAACAAAAGUCGAAUUUGAAUCUGUGCAUUUCGUUUUGGUUAGUUUUUGUUGUAAGUCAUAUGACUAUAAAAUGUAAAAACGUUUUUCAUGCAUGGUUCACGUUUUUUAGUAAGUUGAUUGACGUAAGUGCUAGCGCAGAUGUACAUUCUCCCAAAUGAUCACAUUAUAUAAACACAAUCUGAUUAAGUUAAUAAGAUAAAUGUAGAUAUAGGUCGAAAAGUGUAGUAGCAAUGAAAUGAGCAAUAAUAAACUUUGUAUGUAUCAUUAUCAGGGUUUGAUUUGAUAAUUUCAAAUAAAUUGAGCAUUGGUUAGAUUGCUAUAAAUAAAUAAUAUAUUUAUUUAUAAUAGUAAACUUUGGUUCGAAAAGAAAGAAUUGAAAGGUAUGCAUACAGGAAUGCUAAAAUCCAAGAUCGAGAGAGAGAGAUAAAUAGUCAAUACAUCUGUGCCAUUGUGAAAGAUUCUGACCCAUAGUCUUUAGCGACUGAUUGUGAUCAUUAAGCGGAUAGCCUUUAUCUACUCGCACUUGAAGUUUCUCAAAUCUUAGCUCGAUUCCCUUCACUGUAACCCAUACUAGGUAGUACAAAUCCGCAACAUUUUGUGGCGCUAGCUGCUUUUAAUUCACUUUAUCCAAAUUAGAAUAUCACUUUCAUUUCACCACCUAAUCUUUCAUCUGAUAAUAUAUCAGACCCAGUCAUCUGAAAUAUAUUCAAUUAACAGUACCCAAAUGUCGUAGAAUAGUUAAUUGUUUAAAUCAAACGUACAACAAGCUUAAAUCAAGACCCAAAGAAUAUCAUUUUAUAAUAAGAAUAGUCAGUGCCUUAUAUAUUAGCUAAGAUUAAUUUUCAGAUUACUAACAAAUAAGCAUGCGUGACGCAUGUUCAGACGAUUUAAAUUGAUGAAAAAUCACGAAUAGAUCAACAGACCUAUCUUCUGCACCCAUUAUCCUACCUUAACAUCAGCAUGACCUACUCUGUAGUUACAUUUAAUUACAGAAAUGCUUCGAAGGUAUGUUCAAGUACUGGCUACUCAUAUACAUCUUAAACUAUUGGAUACUUGGUUUCAUAGUUAUAAAGUAGUGUAAAGUAACUUCAUAUAUAAUGUACACUCUUUAAUGGACACAUCAGUUUUUGAGUAGCAUAAGUCUUAGCCGUUCAGUCUCAGGUUUGAGCCCCAUCUCACCUACAUUAACAUGAUACUCUAGAUAUUUUCACACAUCAAAAAACUUGGUAAUUGCGCUUGAUUGACCCGAGAUUUUUAAUUGUGUUAACAGUUGUUACUACUUGAAAAUGAAUAUUAUUUCGGUGUUUGCCGUGAUUUUACUUUUGUUUAUAGUCAGAGUCAAAAGUAUUGGUUCGAGGACUAUUUAUACUACUUUAAGGCAAAGGUUCAUUGCUUUUAUGAUUGUCAUUUUGCAAAGUUAAUCGCUAUUAAUGCUGUGUUUUUUCCCUUCUAGAUUCCAAGUUAAAGAAAAACGUCACUAUAUUCCAGGUAGUCUCGUGGCAAAUAAAAUUCAUUUUCAAGCGUCACUUUGCUAAAUAACGAGCUAAUUAUGGUUUCGAAGUAAGCUAGUGUCAUAGUGUUCCUUUAAAUCAUUUAUUUAAUUGAAAUCUUCAUAAAAGCUCGAAAGUUUUGUCUACCGGAGAUGUUAUUAUUUGUGGCUAUUUGAUGAAAAGCAGACGUAUUGAAUUGUUGCGUAAACUCCUGUGGAAUCUUCACUGUAUGAAACAUUCGUCAGAAUCCAGUGUUCUAGACUGGAAAAGAAGAUACUUCAUUCUAUACAAAGUUCAUAGUCAAAAUAAAACUGAAAUAUUUUUUGAUUAUUACAAAGAUGAAACUGUGACAAAAUUCAAGGGUCGUGUUGAUUUAGAACAUUGUGAAUGUAUUAUUGAAAAUGUGAAUAUUGGUCAACCAUGUGCAUUUUCAAUUUCAACAUUAUUUAAUGGAAAUAAACGAAUUUAUUAUUUUAUAGCAGCAAAUAAUAAAAUUAUGUCUGAUUGGGUGCGUCAUUUAGCUCAUGUCGCUGAAUUAGUUGAUGUUUCUACUACAAAUGUCACUUCCAAUCAAAGAACUGUUGUUGAAAAUAUUGACAGCAACCGAAGUGCUGGUGGUGUUUGUAAUGAACUGCCUUUAUUUCAGAGACCCUCCAAAAUUCCUCCAGAUAAUAAUGCUAAUGUUAAUAAUAAUGAUAAUGGCGUACAUUCCAGGAAUUCGAAUGGUGGAGAUAUAGGGACUAAGUCCCCUAAUAAUCAGCAUCAAUCACUGAGCAAUAAUCAUGUGAAUAGAGAUAAUGAUAAUGGUGAAGAUGAUUACAAAGAGGUUAUCGGUGGAGUUGAUUACUUAUUGUCUGGUUCUGAAUUAUUAUUAGACGAUUAUCAUCAUCUUCCGGAUUCACGUCACUCCUAUGUAAAUCUAACUAAUGCUGUGGUAACGGAGAAAGAAUUCAAUAUAAAUUAUUCUUCAUUGCCUAGAAUAGAUCAAAUGAAACAAACCACCAGUGAUAUUACAUGCAAAUUAUCAAAUGGUAUGAAAAUACGCUUUAUAAUUAAUCAUUUGUCUAUGUUGUCUGCUUAAUUAAUGUACAAACGGUACUAUUAUCACGUUCUAUUUAGGUGAUGCUUUGACAAAUAAAAAAAAACCCUAGCGAACCCAAGGAAUGUCAAAGCGGGUGUUUAUGAAGAUGAUCCACUAAAAAAAACCAUUUCUUUUUAAAAGAACGAACAGAGUGAAAAAAAAUACUUUUUUAAACAUUCUUUUUAAAUGGAUCAAAUGGUUUUUUAUAAAGACUGUGUUAGCCUCUAAGUGUGGUCAGAAACCAGGAAAAUUUUUCACUUCUUGUGUUGAUAGAUAGAUAUAUUGGGCAUGUGUACUGUCUUAUGUGUUUUCACUCGCUAAAUGAUUGUUGAUAAAUUGGCUGUAAUAAAUAAUUAUCUUUGCUCAUAAUUCUGACAAAACUCUUAAAUUUAACAAACGGCAAAGUUGUAGGCAGCUGAACAACUUGAUUUCUUGUAACUUAAGUGGGGGUUUUUUUAGUAAUGAAAACAGAGAUGUGACAUAUAUUCUUAUAUGGAUGAGGGUUAUUCAAAUUAGGAGCAACCAGCUUUUUUUUUAAAUACAACAUUAUAUCGGCACAACAUCUCUUGAAAUUCAUUAUUAAUACUUAUAUUUCAUGUAUGUAAUAACCAUUGGGAUCUUGUUUAUUCCCUAUUUUGUUGAUUGAAUUUUAUCGACCGAAUCACUACAUCGAGUGAUGUAUCUUUACAAUGUGUAUUUCUUUGAUAAUUUAUAAAAUUAGAGGUGAUCAACUAAAAUCACCUGGUUAACCUGGUUAAUUUGUUUCCAAUAAUUUAUUAUUAUUUGAACAUAUAAAUAUUGGUACAAGAGGUCACCAAAUAUAUAUGCGCCACACAAAACAAUGAGAAUUCGAAGAUAAAAAAAGAACAAUAACGAACAGAUUAGUGUAAGGUAGUGUAAUAAUGGUAAUAAUAAUAAUAAUAAUAAUGGGGGAAACGGAAAGGUACAAUCAGAAGAAAUCUUUAAGUUAAGGAAGAAACAACCAUUUUUUUAUGAAGAAAGUAGAAGAAGGUUACAGCAGGAUCGCCACUGGCUUCUAUUCUGAGCCAUAUCUGAUAACGUCUCUAGCCACUGUGUUGCACCAUCUCUAGGUCCGUAGUCAGGGAGUCGUGAAGGUCCAACAGAAACCAGCCCUUUGCAGCUUUCAUACGACGACAUCAUAUCAUGCACUGACCAUCUCUCCGCUUUUUCCAACCAGUCCCAGAGUCGGCAAAUAAUGCACAACGUGGAAUUCUAAUACACACUGAAAUCUUUGUCACUGAAUCUCAUAGUCUGAAAUACUUUACAACUGUACUGUUUAGAAUUUUGUUUAUGUUAUGUUCAGUUUUUAUAGUUACAAAUUUAAUAGUAAAACAGAGACUAUACUCAUUUUUUGUGAAUCUACAUAAAUUGACCGAAAUUGUUGGUCAUGUAACUUGUAACAACAUUAGACUGCAAAUUAUAAGUAACAAAAUAUGUACUAUUACAUAAUCAAAGUAAUUAAGUAACACCAUAGAUCAGUUUCUCCCUCUCCUUUACUAUAAAUGCAAUCUAUCGAUAGUUCGUGUCAAGGUCAAUAUUGUUUUCGAUGCUAGAGAAUGGAACACUUAAUUGUCAAAGUAACAAAUUUUGUAUCUUAUCCAUUAGUAAAUAACAAUAGUAUAAAGCGGAUAUCAUUGUAAAGAAUUUCUUUUUUGUUGAUUUUAUUUUAAAGAAUGUUGGGUUUUACAAAUGAUGUUGAUGAUAUUGAUAAACUUUGGACUGUAAUAUAAAUGAGAUGACUUACUUACGCCUGUUACUCCUCGUAAAGGAGCAUGUUUGUAGUUACUUCGAUGUUUGACUUCAGUGCUUCAGCUGGUAUAUUGUCAGGUCCUGCUGCUGAUAUAAAUGAGAUAAUCAGUCAAAAAAUACUUUGGUUUUCAACGGUUAUUUUUUUUUCUUUUUAGUAAUACUAUUAGUCUGUUUUAUUCACUUCUUAUUUGUCAAGUUAGUCCAAGUUAAAAGUACAUCCUACUAAAAUUUUCUGUUUUCCAUAGACUGUGAUUAGAUUUGUGUAAUUAUAAUUCUGUUAGCCAUAUUAUGGGCAACAGUUGUUGAACUUAUCAAUUUGUGUAAAGUAUGUGUAUAAUUCGAACCUGCUUUAUCCAGCUUCAUGAUGACUACUUCAAACUAUCGAAAAUCUUAACACAUAACGCACUGGAUGUCAAGUCACUCAGAUUAGUGAACACAUUAUAACUUGGUUGAUGGGAUUAGAUAAGUACUAAAGGACUAGACGGACAUAAUAUUGAUCACUCAGUGAUCGGUCCAUUGCAGUUAUCAUGUUUUUAUUUAUCCAAUUGUUUUAUGCUUUUUUGAUGAAUAGUUUCUUUUCCUUAUGUAGUGUUCUCGUAAUUCAUAUUCUUGAAUUUCUUCGACCAUUGAAUCAUCACUUUAGACAUACAUUUAUGUAAUUACUAAUUAUUGUAAUUCCUAUAACAAAACGUUUUUUUUUGACAUUCCGCCUCCUUUAUUGUUAAUUUGAUAAUUUAUCUGAACGGAUGUACACACGCGCCUGACUGACAGACUGUUUACUCAUAUCCUACCGAGAGAUUCACUUGUUGACUUAGAAUACGCAGUCUUGUUUGAAGGUGAUGACAAAUUUAUGAGUCGUCUGACCACUUGAAGCAGCACUGCAAAUAUGUUAAUGAUCCAAUUAUUUCGUAGUGACUGAAAAAUACUGCUUUGUAGCUGGUCACCAUUAUCGCAUGAAUUAGUGAUAGAGGGUGAAGUAGUUGACUGCGUCGACCACUGCACUUGGGAUUAUAAUCGACUCUGAUGGGCUAAUAUCUCGUGAAAUCUCGGGAUGAAUCCAGCAUUUGCUUACUUACAUUAUUUGUGCCGUAGAUACGGUUUCUGUCUGCCAACCAAAGGACGAGUUUAGUGCACAGGGGUUCGUUUCGUUAUGCUUCAUAGGUGUGUAAUUUGGUCAUCAAGAAUAGAGGAUAUUUUAGGUUACUAGUCUUCGAUCAUAUGUGUCUCCAAAGUAUUACCUAUAUAUCUUGGGACCACUGAGUAAAUAGUGCUGGAAUUAGGCAUUGGGUACCAUGUAAAGAUGGGAUACCUGUUGGUGAGGUAGUAAAUGUUAAUCAACUGUAGUAGUCGGUACGUAUGUUGUGUAUGCUCAACCACCGCCUACCUCGAUGGACGAUAUGGUUUGUUGUUGUAGUUAAUUGAAAUCCAUAGGCAAUCAAACCAGGACACAAAAUAAGUCCAUGAAGUCAUUGACUAUUGAACUUUGCCAUGUAUUUAGGUUUAAAUUAUCAUGUUGGGGUCCGUGGGAUUAUCACAAUUACAUGACUAGAGACUUGGUGACAUGGCUUAGAAUCUUUACCGUUAGUGCAUGUACAUUCAUUCUUUGUCUACCCUUAUAAACUGAGUUCUGAAAUCUCCUUAUACCGUGUAUAUGUAUAUUUUUUUCUGUCGUUAAGAGGAAAUAAAAGAAUUUGCUUAGUAGAUAACAAAUAAUUAUUCACUCACUUCAUAAUACUAUACUGAAUUGUACAAAUAUCAUUUGAUAGUAUCACGACAAGUGAUCGAGUAGGAAAAGCAAUACUGCUUACGAUUCGGUGUUUUGUGUAAAACUGAACAGAUUGUAUAGCCACAUUAUAAAUUAGUGACAAGUUUGGGUGGGUCAUUAUGACUAAACGAGUUAUACAUGUAAUCAAGGUCAUUUCUAAUAUGGUUCUAUCCUUGCAAAAAUCUGUCAGUAUUGAUGGGCUGCAAGGAUUAUUAUUUAGUUUUUGACAACAAAGCUUUUUAAGGACCCUUAAUCUCUUUCCUAUGCAGAGCCUCGUAGUGAAGUGUUAAGGACAACUUAGUAAGCAACUUGAACUACAGAACAACAAACCAUAUCAACUGUAGAUUAACCAAUGUCAUUUUGAUUCUCAAUGAUGGUUUGUAGGUAGAUACAACCUUAUAAAACUUAUAAAUGUCUACUUUUUACUUUUCAGUAUGAUUACUGCCUUUGUCAUUUUACUGAAAUGUUAUUAACGUGAUUGAUGUCUGUUCUAUUGUUUUUUUCCUAAUACCUAUCGGUAAUAUAUGUGAAUGUUGACCAGAAAACAUUAAUAAUCAGAAGAACAAAUGUCAUCACGUAAACAAUUUUACUAGUUCUCCUUCCAGAAACUCUCUAAAGCAGCGAAAUUCUUCUAACAGUGUCUACUAUAAUGUCUGGGAUUCUGAAGAUGGGUCUAAAGUUACUACUACUACUACUACUACUACUAACAAUACUACUGCUAUCACAACUGAUUCGAUUGUUGAUUCAGAAAUUUAUUUAAAACGCAAUAAUCAAAUUACACAGAAUACAAGAAUUUAUCGUAAAAGUCAUUGUGCGCCAGGAAGUAGUAGUACACUAUCAAAUUCUCCACUUCUUCAUCCAUCAUUUGAUCAAAAAUCUAAUCGUCAAUGUUUACUAAUAAAAACAGGGGCAGGGACAAAAACAAAUCGUAAACCUGCACCACCACCACGUAUGUCACCUUUGAAAUCAUCGUCUUUUACAUUACCAUCUACAUUUACAAAUUCAAUUAACGUUUUGUCUGGAUUAAAGUAUGUUCUUGUGUUCUUUUAAUGCUUAGUUGUUUUUUUUUUGAAGUAUUUGGUGUACAAGGUUUUCUGUUUUGUUUUAUUAUGGUGUUGCAUGUUCUCUCAGCUUCUGUUCUGAAAAUGCAAUACCUUCAAAAUCCUACUCUUGAGUUACGAAUCUCCAUUUCAUUUUUUUUUAAAAAGGCCCGGUUAAUGAUCUUAGGUAGUGGGUUAAUUUCUAGAGUGUUAUUACCAUGCUUUGGAAAUCAGUUUGAAACAAUUAAGGUAGUCGUUUGACCAUGUUCUAAGAAUUUUCAUAAAAUUGUGCAUUACCAGUCUAAGAUCUCGUCAAAUGUUCAGUUGAAUAUUGAUUGCCUUCAACUAGAGUAAUUUAGUAUGUGUUUAAGAUCAAGGUUACAAUCUUCGAAAUAUUCUUUCAUUUUAGGUAUCUCGUUAUCGGUUUAUGUUUACUUUCGAUAAUUGUUUUAGAAGUGUUGCCGUUAUUUAAUAGAAACUACGUUACAACUGUGUUAAAUGUAUUAUUAUCUUUAAUUAUCAGCUCCUAAUAAAUAUGAGAUAGUUACGACAGAUUCAUUUCCUUAUAUAGUUUGUAUUCGUCUCAAAUUGAUUUCAGUUGAGGUACCACUGGAUAGCUGUCUUGUCCUAGUAUGGGACUUCAAAGAAGUGUGUGUUUACGACCUUGAAGCCGAGAAUCAAAUAGUGGAUCUAUAGGUCUCACAGCGAAUGCAUAAUCUCUAGACCACUGAGUCACAAUCCUAUACUGUAAAAGUCUAAUUUCAUUUAAUUCAUGAUACUGCUCUAUCAUCUCCCAUUUUAUUCAUUGGGUAACUUCCUCACAUCCGACACAGUUGAACUCUACCUGUUAUGUUUUCUCACUGGAACUCUGGAAAUGUCCUCUUGAAGUUAGUCACUAGUUAGCGCGUGAUAUUUAUCAGCCUACUGUUGUCGAAAUAAUUCGAUUUUAUUGGAAUCAUGAACCCAAUAAGGUUGAUUGACUAGAUUCAGACAUGUACAUCAGUGGAUCCCGGUUCAGUGGUCGAGAGACUAAGCAUUCACGCUCGAGAUUAAGUUUCUGGAUGAGAGGUCAUGAACGAGCAGUGCUGAGGAGACCCAUCUCAUGACGAAACAGUCGUGUGGUGCUAACAAGUUUUCAAUGGUUGUCUAACUUAGGUCAGUGCGUGAUUCAAAUGAAAUUCCACAACCCCAUACUGAUUAUCAUCAAUUUUUAUUAACUGUGAACACAAGAGGAACUUAAAGCUAACAAAUAAUUAAUUUACAAUUUUGCUACGUUUGAAGAGACUACGAGAUCAUGUAAAAUUGGCGAACAAAACGAAAAUCAGCAACACAACGACAAGCCAAGCUAAACUAUUCACUGUACCUCAGCCCUGUGAACUAGAGGGAAAGGAUCAAAUUCAACUGAGAGUAAUGUAUGUUCCACAGGUAGUCGGAAGCACUAACAAACAGGUACACAGCUCAAGCGUAUAUUUAAAGUAUGAAGAUAUCCUUGGGAAACGUCACAAAAUAACAUUUUAAAAGUGGGAACGAACCAACAACAUUUAACGUGUCCUUCCAAAUGGUAAAUACAUUCUAAAGAUAAAAGUUGGCGCUUUCGGCGCAAAAAUGAGAGAUUGAAAUUUCCAAAAUAAACUUACAAAAAACAAAACGUUUACCAAGUGAUUUCUGGUGAUCUAGCAUCCCCGACAAAUUUGUUCAUCUUCAAAGUAAUUGAACAGUUGAGAGUGUAAUGGGUAUUUAACUACGUGACGAAUUAUUUAUUUGUUUAUUUGAACACAUAAAUACUGGUACGAGGAGGCACCAGAUACAUAUGCACCACACAAAUCUCAUUUGAUUUAUGUGAGGGCCGUGAUGCUGCCCGGGUGUCCGAACCGAAGCAGGUGGUUUUCUUAGGGGACCACACCCGGAGCCUUCGACCUAAAGGUGUGAUCCACAAGGAAGUGGAGCAUCGUAAGGAGAUGCAGUCCCGUGGUAGUCGGUGACCAACAAUAGGUCUAUACUCCAUUCGUUCCCUCAAGGUACUGGAGCCCAUAUCACCAUUGGCUUGGAGUCAGGGUUUCCCAACUCCUUUAGGUGGACUCUCCAUAUCCACCAACCCGAUGAAAGCUCUGGACAUUCGCUUUUCGUCCUCUCAAUUUUGUAAACAACACCCGUGUUGCGAGAAGACAGUGAGUACGAGUUCCCCGGCAGAGGCUAUAUACGCGUGACCAUGUGAGAGCAUUCGGAGAGGGAGAGAAGACUGUCUCCACUUUUGGCCGUACCAGGGCGUUUGGAGGCAAAUCUAUACUCCGAGAGAGGCACGAACUCUCGACCUCCGCAUCAUAAUUACGGAUUAUAAGUACGAAUUCUUAUCUAACACAUAAUUCUUUCAGUAAAAAUAGUUCACAUAUCUUCAACAGUAGUCAUAUAUAUAUCAAACAGCCUACAUUUCAAGUAUAUUCAUCAUGUACAAUUGGGGUGAGAGGCCGAAACAGCAUUGUUGCUCAUCUCAAUUGUGAGAUUUAAUUAGCUUAACAAUAGUGGUGAUUCAUAACGAAAAUAUUUACAUAAAAUCCGUUGUCAGAUGAAUGAAAAUACUAAAUGAUAAUACUCUAAAGAAAAAUAAUAAAUAUCGAACAUGUUUUAACAGAACUAAUCAAGGUCAACAAGUUUCCUGUCCUUUCCAAACUGAAACUGAUUCCGAGGUUUUAUACUUGUAUUUAACUGGUGGCUAACUGACUGAGUAUUAGUUUUUGAACUUAAUUUGUUUUUCGAUUUAGCCUGUUGAAAAUUCUCAUAUAUACAUCGUAAAAGAUAAAAAAUGUAUUGUAUGGAGACAAGUUAAUGAGAAUGGAAUACAUGUACUUUAGGGGGUUUCAGCUAGAUUAAAAAAUAAAGAUAGAAAUUAAUUAGUUUAGUUUGUUGAUAGUAAACUAGGUAAAGAGAUUCUAUGUGUCGAAAGUACUUAGUAUCAUAAACACUUCGGGAAAACAUUAAGGUGAGAUCAUAUUCAUAUUUAUUUAUUUGUUUAAACACAUAAACAUUGUUACAACGAGACACCAGAUAGAUAUGCGCCACGUGAAUCAUUCGAUUUGUGUGAGGGAUGGAAUACUGCUCGGGUGCCCAAAACCUAAGCAGGUGGUUUUCUUAGUGGGCCACACCCGGAGCCUAUGACCUAGGUGUCUAAUCUAUAAGUCAGUGGAACAAUGUCAGGAGAAGCAGUCUCAUGGUAGCCGAUGACCAACAAUAGGUUCAUACACCACUUAUUCCUUCAGGAUACUGGAGCCUGUGUGGAACAUUGAUUUGUAAUCAGGGUUUUUUAAUUCCCCUCGAUGGAUCCUCCAUAUCCAUCAGCAUGAUUAAUGCAACUGACAUUCGCUUUUCAUCCUCUAAAUUUUGUAAACAACACCCGUGUUGCGAGAAGGCAGUGAGUUGGAUUUCCCUGGCAAUGGUUGUAUGCGCGUGGCCAUGCGAAAGCUUUUCGAUAGGGAGAACUAACUCUCCCCACUCUCGUCUGUACCAGGGCAAAAACAUUCAAAAUUCAUUUAAUUAGUUGUAUCAAUUCUAUUAAAUCUGGACUAAUUAAACUAACAACGCAACAUGUUUCUAAGUUAUCAUUCAUUAAAUGAAUUGUGAUCUGAUGAACUUAAAUGCUUAGAAACUUCAUAGCCAGUAGAAAUCUUUUAAUCAUUAAUCAAAUUUUCAUUUUAUUUUUUCGUAGUUAUGCAAAAAUCCCCCUGUUUUAGGUUAUAACUUUGUGAAGAAUUAUUUUCAUUCCCUUUCGUUCUUUUCACAUAAACAUAUAUUAGUUUAGAAUCACCAUUACCAGUUCGUGCAAAAGGAUCGGAUAUGUCUGUAGAUAGUAGUUUAAAUAGUAGUAGUACUUGUAGUGAUGUUAAUAUCUCCAUCCUCAACGACACAACUCAUGAAAAUGUUGAUGAUGGUCGCGGUAAAAAUGAGUUUAAUAAUAAUAAUGGUGAUAAUCUGGAUCGAAAUCACAAUAUGAUAGAUAAGGAGAUCAACGAAGACAAUAAAGAGAAUAGAAUACAAUCAGUAGAUCAUCAUUGUAACAUAAAUGUAAUCGAUAAAAAUCAACCAAACUCCAAUAUUAAUCUUACAAAAGCUGGAAUUUCUGUUAAUAAAAUAUCACAUUUAAAUUAUAUUGAACCAUACAAUUUGGAUUUACGUACUGUUCAAUGUCCAAAGGAACACAAUAAUGGUGUUGAUGCUGGCGGUAAUUUGUUGUCAUCUCGUGUAACUACACUGACAACAUCAGUAUUAAAAACUGGAUCAGCUUUUCCUAUCUUAGCAACAACAACAACAACAGUAAAUUCUGAUAUUUCAUCCAAUGUUACAGGUUCAUCUAAUACUGCUAUAACAUCUGUUUGUUCGAAUUUAUUUAAUAAACAAUUAUCAACAAAUGGUUUACAACAAACAGUAAUUAUGUCUUUGACGCAUCCUCAUUCUUUCUCUUCUUCUUGUUCUACCACUACUACAACUUUUACUAACAUCAAUCCUCUACUAUCUUCUCAGUCGGAUUCAUCUGUAUUCCUAAAAUCAAAUAAAACUUUAAUGUCUUGUAAUGGUAUUAGUAAUAUGACUACUGCUACUGCUAGUAAUAGUGCUAAUCAACCAGAUGAUGAACAUAUUGAAUAUCGUGAAAUUGAUCCAAUCAGUACAAAUGCUUUAGCUAUUGUCAAAGAACGAUUUGGCUAAUCUAUACACAUAAAUCUACAUAUAAAUAUUUAUCCCAUAGAUAUAUAUCCUUCUUUGUUGAAUAUGUUCAUAACAAAAUGGUAACUAUACUGUUGAAUUCUUAUAAUUAUUAAUAAUAUUAUAUAUGGCAGAAGAUUUCAAUAUCCGUUAUUGUGUACUCCAUUUGUGAAGAAAAUAAAUGAUGAAUAUAUGUGUAUACAAAGAAUAAACUUUUACUGAGAUCCACUACCACAUACACACACACAGACACGCAGGCAUACCGUAGCAACACGAUUAUACCUAUAUAAAUUCUUCCUUUUGUAUUAUGAGUUGCUUUUUAUCAAUCAUUCAAUUAGACAAUAAUGUAAAUUUAUAAUGGGUAUAUAUAUAUAUAUAUAUGUAUCUUCUUUUAUUACAUAUCCCUCUUUCAUGAAUUUGGAUUCCCGCAUUUUCUGACUAUGUAUUCUAAUUUAUUUUAAUGUGAAUACGACCUCACAUACACAUACUCACCUACACACACACGUUCGAACACUUUUUCAACGGUUAAUUUUUAUUAAUAAUUUCUUUAAUUAAUCAGAAAUUUUUACAUUUUUAUUGUUAUGUAACAUUCCAUUAGAAAAUGAGAAUUGACCAGACAAAAAAAACUACAUUUUUAAAAUCAUUUCUAUUUGUUAAGCUUUUGUCAGUAUUAAAAUGUAAAUUAAUUUCAGAUGGGUUUUGUGGAUAUAAUAGUAAUUUCAAUGGUUAAGAUCAUGAGUCAAUUGAAGCUCGACCACCAUGGAAAACGACCGUCCAGUGCUUCCAGGUUUUCCACGAUGGUCUAGCUUCAACUGACUCAUGAUUUCAACCAUGUAAAUUAAUUAUUCAAUCUAAAAAGAAUGUUCUGCUCUUAUGUGAAAUUCUCUAUUAUCUUGGUAGAUUUUUUUUAUAGUGGCUAAAUUUCAACAUCAAUGCCAAUAUGCUCAUUUAGCUUAAGUGUCAAACUAUUACUGUCUAAGUCACCGGUUUGAGAUAUCUGUUUGCUUAUGUUGACUUAUGAUUGUAAAAGUGGAAGUUUAGGAUCAGUGAAGACAUACUUGAGUAUCAAUGCUUUUGAAGCGCUGUCCGUGUAUGGUGUUGCAAUUUAUCAUUGUAGGAUUUAAUUAAUCUGUCGACGAAUACUCCAGAUAAGUCACAAUUGAUUGAUCACUGGGUUGCGAUCAACAUGAUCGAUAGCAUCCGAUCUACACUAAUAAGGACUAGACACGCAUGACAUUGAUCGCCACCCAGUGAUCAUUCAAUUGUGAUUACAUCUCAGUCCUACAGGAGGUCGGUCGCGGCUCGGAUAGCUCAGUGGUAACGUCUCUGAAUGUGAAGCUGGGUGACACGAGAUCGAAUCAAUUAGGGAGCACCACUUCCCUCAAGAUUACAGGUACACCUUGUUGACGAGUGCCAAGUAGCACGAAACCUGGGUUCAGGGUCUCCUGUCGACUACCUCCAAGCACCAUCUAAUUCCAGAUAAGUCCCUAUAUUUUACUUAUAGAUUCUUAGCAGGGCUAUAGUCAAAAAAGGUAACUAUGUAUAUUUUCAACAAUUAUAGUUUUUUUUCUAAAAUGUAAAUUCAUAUAAUUGGUGUAAAAACACAAAAUAGUAAAGUCAAUUACAACG